AAGGAAACAGGGAAGUCCAAUUUUUAGUCCUCUCCACUGCAUAAAUAUGGCAAUUGCAGCUGCAACCUGCUGCUUUUUCUCUGCCGGCACUUCACUCUACUCUCUAACAUCUACUCCGUCUUCUUUAUUUAUUCCUAAAGCUCUACAUCAAAACAACAACGUUCUCAAGAAUUCAUCUUCUUUUCCUCAAAAGCCAAAGAAAGCAGUUGGUAAACAGAACUUCCUAUGGAGAUCAAAAGACGAAAGACAUUUAGCAAAUAAAGAUGGCAGAAGCAAUAAUAAUGAAACGGGACAAUCUAAAUCAGCUGCAUUUAAACCACCUGGUUUGCAGAGGAAAGGAGCAGGGAAGGGAGCUCCAGUUGAGUCAAAGGAGCCGCAGGUAGGAACUGGUAUCAUUGAAGAUGCAACUUUUCUUAAUGCAGUUGUGAAGGUUUUCUGUACACACACUGCUCCAGAUUAUUCCCUUCCGUGGCAGAAACAAAGACAAUUUGCAAGUACUGGAAGUGCUUUCAUGAUUGGUGAUGGGAAACUCCUGACAAAUGCACAUUGUGUUGAAUAUGGUACCCAGGUUAAAGUGAAGAGAAGGGGAGAUGACACUAAAUAUGUUGCCAAGGUUCUAGCUAAAGGAGUGGAGUGUGACAUAGCCUUGCUAUCUGUGGAAAGCGAGGAUUUCUGGAAAGGAGCUGAGCCCCUCCGCUUUGGACACUUGCCUCGUCUGCAGGAUGCUGUAACUGUUGUAGGUUAUCCACUUGGAGGAGAUACCAUUUCUGUGACCAAAGGGGUGGUAUCAAGAGUAGAGGUCACAUCAUAUGCUCAUGGAUCAUCCGAGCUUCUGGGCAUUCAAAUAGACGCAGCAAUAAAUCCUGGUAAUAGUGGCGGCCCUGCAUUCAAUGAUGAUGGAGAGUGCAUAGGGGUGGCAUUUCAGGUUUACAGGUCAGAUGACGUCGAAAAUAUUGGUUAUGUUAUCCCAACUACGGUAGUGUCUCAUUUUCUGGAAGACUAUGAAAGGAACGGGAAAUACAGUGGUUUUCCUUGCCUUGGGGUAUUGUUGCAAAAAUUGGAAAAUCCAGCACUACGUACCUGCUUGAGAGUUCCUUCGAACGAGGGCGUACUCGUACGGAAAAUCGAGCCUACUUCCGAUGUUAGCAAUGUCUUGAAAGAGGGAGACGUGGUUGUUAGCUUUGAUGGUGUUCGUGUCGGGAGUGAAGGGACAGUGCCAUUUCGAUCAAGUGAACGCAUUGCAUUUCGCUAUCUCAUCAGUCAAAAGUUCACUGGUGAUGUAGCUGAGCUUGGUAUUAUUAGAGCUGGGGAAUUCCUGAAAGUUCAAGCAAUUUUGAAGCCGCGUGUGCAUUUGGUUCCUUAUCACAUAGAUGGUGGUCAACCUUCAUACUUAAUAGUUGCCGGCUUGGUGUUUACACCACUAUCCGAACCCUUAAUAGAGGGAGAAUGUGAAGAUACCAUAGGGCUAAAACUAUUGACAAAGGCUCGAUACUCUUUUGCAAAGUUUGAAGGAGAACAGAUUGUUGUACUAUCACAGGUCUUGGCGAAUGAAGUGAAUAUUGGGUACGAGGAUUUAAGCAAUGAGCAGAUCUUGAAGGUGAAUGGAACUCGAAUUAGGAACAUUCACCAUUUGGCUCAUCUAGUGGAUUCUUGCAAGGAUAAAUAUCUAGUGCUCGAAUUUGAAGACAACUUUCUGGUUGUUUUAGAAAGAGAGGCAGCCUCGUCUGCAUCAUCUAGCAUUCUUAAAGACUAUGGCAUUCCAGCUGAAAGAUCGUCUGAUCUCUUGGAACCAUAUAUUGAUUCCAUCGAACCAGAUGAAGCAACCGAUCAACAUGAGUUUGGUGAUAGUCCAGUUUCUAAUUCAGAAUUCGGCUACGAUGGGCUUCUUUGGGCUUGAUCAUGACAUGUGAAGUUCAAUCUAAGCUUCUCACUUGGAACUAUUGUUCCUUCAUACUUUUAACAGGAAAAAGAACACAGAUGAUCAGGCAACAUUGACCAUGCAGACUCUGUAUGGCAGGCGUUUAUUUUGCUGUCUCCUUUGUCAAAGCUAUUGCAGUAUUGGCCUCCAACGUGGAUGAUGUUCUACACAAAUGAAAUGAACAACAAAAAUGUCUUGAGGUUUGGGGGUUUGUACGUUAGGCACACACAUUUUUUUCACGUGUGGGGUGGAUCUCUGACUUGAUGUAAUCCAGAGGGCGCGUAACCCUUAACAUGAUUCAUUACUUCUUAUUUAUUUGUUAUUUAUGUUUUGUAAUUGACAUGAUUCAAUUUUGACAACAAUUUUAUAAAGGAGAUGCCCCGUCGUUUCACAAA